ACAGAGGGCGCACGCUAAGUGUUUCUGGUUUCCUUAUCUAAAAGGAUCUCUAUCCUGCUCUAACGAGGCACUUGACCUCCCUCGGCGCUCUCCUUCUCCCCGAGUGACGCGGAGAAAGUGGGCUGGCGCAGCGCUAAGUGCAGGAGUUUGGAGGAGUACCGGGGCGCGCAGAAAAACCACCAGUCCUGCAGCCCUUCAUUUAGAGUGACUCUCCUGGAUCAUCUCGGUCUCCCCCCUCGGAUGUUAAAACCCUCGCGAGGAGCUCGCUGGCGGAGUAACUGGGAUGUACGCGGACGUGUUUGAGACCGCGAAACACUGACUUUGCCCUCAAACUUGUUGCAACUUCCUUCAUUCAGUGAGUUGCGAGGUUGAUGAAACUUUUUCUUGAAUGAGUGUCUCGCCUCUGGCUGCCACAUCUGGACUCUCGCGGAGCUGUCAAGUCCAGCGCCAACUUUUACGCGGACCUGCCCUGACCCCCUGUUUCCUCUUCUUCUUCUUCUUCUUUUAUCCCCUUGUCCUCUUCUAAAUUAAGAGGUGGAAUACUGGACUCUUAACUCCGAUUUUGUAUUUUUAUUUUUUUUUAACAUUUUUUAUCUUGUGAUUUAUUUUUAUUUUAUUUUUUAUAAGUAAGGCACACGAUGGAACACCCAGUCCUCAGAAUAGCAAUCAUCUUGGUGAUUAUCUGCCUCAUGGAUAGAAGGGUAGACUCCAAUGAAAUCUUGGGCCUGAAGCUCCCCAACAUUGACCCAAUCCUGAACGCCAACACAGUGUGUCUGACACUACCGGGGUUGACGCGGCGCCAGCUGGAGGUGUGCAUGCGGAACCCAGAUGUGACGGCAUCAGCAAUCCAGGGAAUCCAGAUUGCCAUCCACGAGUGCCAGCACCAGUUUCGAGGGCACCGCUGGAACUGCUCCAGUCUGGAGACGCGGAACAAAAUACCAUACGACAGCAUAGUCUUUAAAAGAGGUUUCCGAGAGAGUGCCUUUGCCUAUGCCAUAGCGGCGGCAGGUGUGGUGCACGCGGUGGCCAACGCGUGCUCCAUGGGCAAACUGAAAGCGUGCAGCUGUGAUGAGAAGAGACGCGGGGACGAGGAGGCGUUUCGCAUCAAACUGCACCGCUUGCAGCUGGAGGCCAUUCACCGGGGGAAGGGUAUGGUACAUGGAGUCAUGGAACACUUCCCCGCUGACCUGCCAGGACCCCAGGACUCCUGGGAGUGGGGUGGUUGCAGCCCAGAUGUGGAAUUCGGAGAGAAGUUCUCCCGGGACUUCCUCGAUGCCCGAGAGACCUACAAAGACAUCCAUGCCCGUAUGAGGCUACACAAUAAUCGAGUUGGGAGACAGGUGGUUCUUGACCACAUGAGAAGGAAAUGCAAGUGCCACGGGACGUCGGGCAGCUGCCAGCUGAAGACCUGCUGGCAAGUCACCCCCGAAUUCCGUGUCGUGGGCUCAAUCCUCAAAGAGCGCUUCCACAACGCCACACUUAUCAAAGCUCACAACCGGAACACCGGACAGCUCGACCAUUCCCACCACAACAACCACCACAACCACCACAACCAUCACAGCCACCACAACCACCACCACCACCACCACCAUCAUCAGAACAACCACCAUCACCACCACCACACACACCGGCGGCGGCCAAACAUCAACGAGCUGGUCUACUUUGAAAAGUCUCCAGACUUCUGCGAACGGGACCUGGGGUCGGACUCGACCGGCACACAGGGCCGCAUCUGCAACAAGACCAGCCCUGGCAUGGACAACUGUGAGAGUCUGUGCUGUGGCAGAGGACACAACAUCCUGCAGCAGACGCGGAGUGAACGCUGCAACUGCAAGUUCCACUGGUGCUGCUAUGUGGUCUGCGAAGAGUGCCGGAUAACAGAGUGGGUCAGUGUCUGUAAAUGAAGAAACACACGUCAAAAAGACUACAUCAAAGAAAACAAACAAAAAGAGACGUUAGACAUCAGAGACUAUUCAUUCGAAAGGGGAAUAUGACUAUGAUAAUAAUAUGUACCCCCGUUCAUUUUUUUGCGGUGGACUGCUGUUUUCCUAAAGAGCGAGGACAGUGUGUGUGUGUGUGUGUGUGCGUGCGUGUGAAGCAGCUGAGCCAGCAGAGAGACGUGCAUGUCGGUAAAGAGUGUGCACAUGCAGCAUUUUUGUCCAAAGCUGCCACAACUCAGAGAGACUGCAUGUCAUGCUGCCGUUCUCCUGAGAUAAAGGAACAUAGUCAUAUCAGAUAAAUAUCUGACAAACGCCAAACGUAAGAUCCGAGCUCUGGGAAGAACAAACUGCUGCUGUUUCAUCGACGCAUGUUGACCGACAUUCAGCCGCGUGAGGUACAAGUGAGAGAAGAGGAAGUCGGGAGGGUGAGGAGUAGAUUGCAUGCAUAAAGAAAAAAUAAUAAUGCUUCAUAGCACCAGGGAUAUAUAAGGUGGGAAGACUGUCUGUAUCCUAUGACACUUAAAUAAUGCCGGCGAGCAUCUAUAAUGUUUUUAACCAGAUCACAAUUUAUGCAGUAGUUCUUUAUAGCAACGUACAGCAUAAACACAGUCAUGUCACAUGGCAUGUGCUGUCUCUAUCUGUUACAUACAGGGACAAGUGUAGUCCGUCCUUUUCACACGUCAGGAUUCACAAUGCACGGGAUUGUGAUGGAGCACCAGCACAUUUGGAGCACUUAAGAAUUUCCUGCCUGUUACUUUGUUAAGCAGGUGUCACGUUAGUGAUAGUUUGGCUCAGGAUAGCGGAUAAUUCCAAAAAAAUCAGUGGCAUCGCUUUAUAAUAAUGUUCAAAUCGUGGCUCAGGGCAUACAGAGCUGUUUCUGGAAUUAGAUUUUUAAGAAGCGGACAACACUCGAUGAGUUGAGCAAACAAAAAUGAACCACAAACUCAAAACAGACAAAUUGCAAAUAAAAUAUCGGUUUAAUCGUUCAGAGAUAUUGUAUUUUAUUUGUUUGAAAAUAGGCUUUAUGUUUGCUCCGACGUUUGUCGUUCCCCAAGUUUUCCCAAAGAACAAAUCAGGGAGUACAAACACAAAAGAGUCGGCGCAAACAAAAGGAAAGUGUAUUUUCAAACAAAUAGAAUACAAUAUUUUUGAAUGAUUAAAUCGAUAUUGUAUUGUGUAUUUGUUCAUUUUUGUUUGCUCGAUUCAUAAAGUGUUGCUCGCUUCAUGAAAAUCUAAUUACAUAGCUGUUUAAGUUAGGUUUUUUUUUUUUUUAAAUAAAUUGUGACCACUGUGAAAUCUCUGAUUGUUGCUGCCACUUUGUGCAUCUCAUCCUUUUCCUUUUCGAAAAUAAAAUGGUGGGUGUUAAAAUAAAAUAAAACUCACUCAAACCAGACUUCAUACAUCAGACAAAAAAAAUAUCACUGUUUGUAAACAUGAGCACGUAAGCUUGUACAUUUGUUUUCUCCCCAUAAAACACAAACUCAGAUGUCCUGCAUCAACAGUGUCCAAAACGUACCGUGUGUACACUGUGUCUGUGUGUGGUGUGUCAUGAUAAGAGUGCACAGAAGACCUUAAUAUAACAGUUGUACUUUUGUUUUUUUGUUGUUUUUUUCAUCUUCAGCAUGAUCUGAACAGCAUUGUAAAUAAAUAAAACAUAUUAAUGCUGCACCACUAACAAUACACACACGUAUAAAGUGUCUAAGGAAACUGAGUGCACAUGGACAGGCUUCAGUUCAUCCCACUAUAAACAUUCAAAGCGUUUACUGUUUUGUGAUGCAAUGUGUGUAAUAUACUGUAAUAUACUGUAAUAUACACUCACCUCCUUCAUACGUCAACGUGUACAACGGAGGUAUUUUGAAGAUGACUUCAAAGUAUGUUGAAAAAAAAACAAAAGUUUGAUGUGGAUUUAUCUGCCUGUGCACAUUGUGAAGAUCAUAUUUGAUCUCAGUUAAGUUGUAUGAGUGAGGCUCCUUAUCAGACAGUGUAAUUUAUUUUAAGCAAAUAUUAUGUUUAAGUGUUAAAAGCUGAGGGGGAAACAAAGUCUGGGAUUAGGCUUUCAGUGCAAAAGAUUAUUGUGGUUCUGAUAAGUAGUUUGCACACACAGAACUGUGUCCAGGAAAACUCUGGGAAAAUAUCUAUUAUACAUUUGUUUUUUUGUUUUUUUCACGUCAUAAAUGUAAUGUAUGUAUGUUUUCAUUUUUUUUAUGUUUUAAUAUGGUUAUUAUCUAAGUUAUUUUAUUUUUGUGGAUAAAUUAAUAUUUGUAAGACAAAAAGAAAGAGCAUAAUAUUGAAAGGGGCUUUAAUGUGAUGAAUAAUAAAAUAUGUGAAAAGAG